CAGGGGACUACUUACUGCAACAAGUUGUAUGUACUCACAUAACGCGGUCCCACGGGCCGAACUCUAAGAUCUAUAUCUGCGACACAUGCGCCAUGGUGUUUCACAGCCGGCGGAGUAUCACCAGCCAUCUCAUGUACGGACACGGCGCUGAACACGACAGAGUAUGCCAGAUUUGUAAGGAAGAUCUGAACAAUUACCAAGCAUUGAAAGAGCAUUAUUUGAAACAUCACAACGUCAAAUAUAACGUGUUGGGUGAAAAGAAAGAAGAUGAUGAUGAAGUUCUAAUCAAAGAAGAACCAGUAGAUAUGGAGGAACUAUUAGAAGAACCGCCGGAAUUUCUCUACGAUGUGGAUAUACGAAAACAAGAUUGUGAUGAAGAACCAGAACCCCACCAACCACAGCCACCACACUCCCCAACCCCAGACACGUCAGAACAGGAGUCUGACAGUCUGACAUACUCCAAGAAGGUGCUAUCAGAAGACAUAUCCAGAAGUAUUAUAGAGCGUGACUCCGACACGCGCGAUGUUUUCGAUGACUUCUUCAUAGAUCAUGUGCUGAAGAAACCUGAAGAGGGAGUUCAAAUGCCAAAGCACAUAGUAGACGAGAAGAAGAAGGAAUGCGUGGAGAAACGCCUGGAGAAGCUUCUGCACCGAGUGCGACUGCGCAAACAGUGCAGAGUUUUGGAGAAACUUAGGAUACAGUACAAUAGGAGGAUUGGCAUGGCUACUAGUAACGGGGAUAAGAAAGAACCAACCUCAAUAAGAUAUUUCAAAAACACCCAAAAAGAUAAAGAAACAGAAAACCAAAAAGAUAUCAACAAUGAUAAAGAUAUAAAUAAAGAAAAAGAUAUUCAUACAAUUGACCAAUCAAAAGAUGAUAGCAACAUACAAAAGAUACGCAAUACAAGAAGUGAUGAAAAGAUAAAAGAUAGAAGUCAUGAUGAUGAUGAUGAUAAAGAAAUAGACUACAGAGAGAGUGAUUCAGAAAGUGAUGAAGAAGAAAUGCAAAAUAAAAAAUUGAAAUUCAAUACCCAUCAGUGUUAUAUUUGUUUUAAGCUAUUCAAGACGAAAACCGAAUUAAAACGUCACUGCCGACAUCAUUUUGACAUUUGUAACGAAAAAAUGCUCAAAAAAUGUCCUUUCUGUGGCUAUGUUACUAACAAGCAAAUAUCUAGACAUAUUCGUUUAGUUCAUAAAUUAGAUCUAGACAUUCCUUACGCUAGAAUCAAAGAGAGAGAUACUCAAACCGGGUCAAAAUAUGUUUUCGAAAUUGACAAAGACUGUGACCUUGAAAUCAUACCGAGUAUAAGCAAUUUAAAUAAAAUUGCUUCAAUGAAAAUUGACGAGAAAAAUCGCGCGGACAAAAAUGUCUUUUUAGGUACUACUAAGUUGGUCAAAAAAGGAGGGGAUUGGAUGGUAGAAAAAGAAAAAGUUAAAGUUAGUAACGAGUAUUUGUUACCUGAAUUUUGUAAGGACGAUUAUUUAGCCCUAAAAUCUGUUGGUAAUAAUUACCUAGAAAGAAUUAGGAGUUUGAGUAUAGUAGCCAAAAAAAAGGGGUUGAAAAUCUUGUAUCCUUGCGAAGGAUGUGAAAAAAUAUGUCUCACUAUGAGCGCCUUGAAACUUCAUAACAGAAAACAUGAAAUUAAUCCGAAAAGAUUCAAACCUAAAGUUUGGAAAAAUAAAAUUGUAAACGGCAAACCUGGUAAAAAUAAAAAUAAUAAGAGAAAAAAGCAAUACAGUAAUAACAAUGAAAAUACUCCUAUUAAACCAAUUACUAUUAACAAAACUCCGAAAAAUAAUAAAAAAGGGAAAUUAGAAAAAAUCGAUAACAAUUUGGAAUCGAAAGUCGCAAAUCGAUUCGCAGAUCCGAAUCCUGUGAAAAAUAAACAUAAGUGCGAUAAAAAGCUAAUAGAAUUCUAUAAAAAUAAUAUAAAAGGUGGCGACAUAGAAUUUUGGCAAUUCUUGAAAAUUUUCAACCGUAUGGGUCGGGAAAAUGUAAACGAUUUCACAGAUUUGGAAAACCGAUUCGAUUUUGGUAUGCAUAAUAUUAAGAGUAAUGUCGAAACUAUAGAAAAUACUGAAAAAUCGCCUGUAGUAAAUAAUGAAGUACCAAAUAAAAUUGUUAGUAAGAAAAAGGCGUUUACAAGAGCAAUCAUGAUUAGUAAGAAAGAAUAUUUGAAAAGGUUGGAAAUUAAAAAUCAGAUGAGGCAACGAUUAGGGCUGUUAAAAACUUAGAUAAAUAUGGAAUAGUGUAAUAAUAUCAUGAAGAUUCAAAAUAGUUUUUAUUAAAAAAUAAUUAACCUGUGGCACUGAUUUAGAAAGUAAGGAUUUUGUUAGACAAGCGAGCGCAGCGUAGGACGUCCACCAACAAGGUGGACAGACCUUUAAAGGUCGCCGUCGACGCUGGAUGCAGGUCGCCUCCAACAGGUAUCUGUGGAGAUCUAAGGGGGAGACCUAUGUACAGCAGUGGUCGUCCUAUGGCUGAGAUGACGAUGAUGAUGAAAUGUUGGCAUAAGGGUGCAUCUACACGGUGCAGCUUGCGCAUGUUAAGGCACAUGCGCAGGUUACAUGCAUUGUAAAAACGUGCGGCUCCAGCGACUCGCACGUGUACCAAAGCAAGAUACCCACCCGCGUGCUCUUGUCACUUGCGCAUGUUAACUUGCUCCAGCUACGUGCACCGUGUAGACGCACCCUAAGGUAUUUUUUUUUGUCGGUAUAAUUAAAUAUAGAUAAUUAUGCGGUCUACGGAGCACGUAUAAAGCAUGAUUAUGUUCUAGUAUGUUUAAAAUACAAAAAUCAUAAGUAGAUCUCAACUUUUUUGCAUAAUAAUUUUUAACCGACUUCAAAAAAAGGUGAAUUAUUAUGAAAUGGCUCUAGAAGUCAACAACAAAUCGAAAGUCGAACAAAUCUUAAAUUUGUCAAGUCUUUUUUUCAGUGAUUUUUGAAGUCGGUUAAUAUUUUUUUUUACUUUUAGCCAGGUUCAAAUGUUAUAACCCUAUUAAAAUAUCUUACUCAAAUCAAAUAAUCUUGUAACGAAUUGUAUUGGAAUAUUUCAAAUUCUAGAAUUGUAAGCUUUGCACACAUUUCUGAAAGAUUGUAGCAUUUCUGUAGUUAGAAACAACAAUUUAUGCAAAUGAUAUAUCUGUACUAAUAUUAUAAAGAAGAAAACUUUGUUUGUUUGGUUGUAAUGGAUAAACUAAAAAACUACUGGACCGAUUUUAAAUAUUCUUUCACCAUUAGAAAGCUAUAUUAUCUGCGAGUAACAUAGGCUAUAUUUUAUCCCGGUGUGGGCAUGAGCUCCCACGGGACGCGGGUGAAACCGCGGGAAAACGGCUAGUUUGGAAUAAAUUAGUUCACUUUUAAAAUACUACAUGAAAAUAAAGUUUUAUUAAUAUUGUAUUGUUUUAUCUUGCAAUGUUUAAAGCAAUAUUGUCUAUUAUAUCUCAAGAAAGCGGGUAAGACUU